ACAAAUAGUGUCAAAAUUUACAUCGUCUCGUCAUUCUAGAUAAAAAAAUAUUAUAAAAAUUAAUUGGAUUGAUUAUAAUGGUUCUACUGUUGUAAUUUAUUUUGGCUAUUACUAGGGGUGUCUCUCGUUUACGAUAAAAGAUGGGCUUCUUUGGUGGAACACAGGAUACUUCUGUUGUGGAUGAAGUUGAAAACGCAACGAGCGAAAAAUCGGUUGACGAAGAUUGGAGUAUUAUUAUAAAUAUUUGUGAUAAGGCUGGUAAAUCUAGCGAAGAUUCCAAAGCAUAUUUAAAAGCGAUUGUGAAACGUUUAUUCAAUACCGAUCCCCACAUUGGAGUCAAAGCUGUAACGCUUUUGGAUGCCUGUGUGAAGAAUUCUGGAAAAACAUUCCACAUUGAAGUGGCUUCUAGAGAUUUUGAAAAUGAUUUUGUAAAGCUGAUGCAAAAGGGGCAUCCCACAGUUAGUAAAAAAUUAAGAGAGUCCCUGAAACGUUGGGCAGAAAAUGAAUUUAAAUCUGAUGGUCAACUUAGCCUUAUUCCAUCUUUGUACCAUAAAUUAAAAAGUACAUAUGACUUUUCCACAUCAGAGACACCUGUUAAAAAAUCUGCUGCUGCGAACAAAGACCCAAAUGUUGUGGAAUCUCAAGAAGAAGAAGAACAAAUUUUAAAGGCUAUAGAACUAUCUUUGAAAGAUACUUCAGGAUCCCCAAGGACGAAAAAUAGCUCACUAUAUCCUUCCAUUGCUGCGAGUGCUGUCUCAACUGGUUCCUCUUCGACAGCCGCUCCAGUGAAAGAACCGCGAAAAGUUCGAGCUUUGUAUGACUUUGAAGCUGCAGAGGACAACGAAUUGACAUUUACUGCGGGAGAAAUCAUUAUGGUAAUUGAUGACUCAGAUUCAAAUUGGUGGAAGGGAAGCAACCAAAGAGGCGAAGGCCUGUUUCCUGCAAACUUUGUCACAGCCGAUUUGUCAGUUGAACCAGAAAAGUCCAAACAAGAUCAAAAUAAAAAGUCAGUACAAUUUAAAGAUGAUGUAAAGGUAGCUGAAAAAGGACUGCAAGAAGUGGAAAUAAAUGAAUCCAAAAUCGACCAACUCUUACAUUUGUUACAUGAAGCUGAUCCAACUAAUCCUGAAAAAGACACUCCAGAAAUGCUUAACCUUGAACGGGAAGUUGUUGCAAUGGGUCCAUUAAUUGACUCUGAGUUAGAAAGAGUUGACCGUAAGCACGCUAAACUUACAAAACUGAGUGCGGAUCUAGUCGAGGGUUUAGGUUUAUAUCACUCACUCAUGAAGGAACCUCAAUUUCCACUUCUAAAUAAAGGAGUGUACUCAUAUCCAGCACCUUCGGGGUCAGUGCCGUUUGCCGGUACCUUGCCCCCCCAAACUAUGCAACCUCCUCCUGGUAUAAUGAAUCCUCCACAACAUUCCCUUGCUCAUACUGUACCCGGACCGCCUGGGCUUCCUCCAGGUGUUCAAGAGCGUCUCCCCUACCAACCUCCCCAACUGCAGCAUUAUUCCCUGCCAGGAAUGCCCCAUUCAAGUGGCAUGCCGUUGCAUCAAUUGCCUCAACCUGGAAGUGUCCUAUCUGGUCUGCAACCUCGUGGAGCACAACAGGCAGGUGUUUCCCAACAUAUUCCGCCACAGCAUCUGGGGGCGGAUCAUAGGAGAAUAGACAACCGUUUGGUCCAUCAUGUUCCACUUAAUAUGCCAAAUUUCCUACCGCCACCAGGAAUGACCCAGCCAGGUUAUCCACAAAACUCGAUGCCUUUGCAGAACGGACCUACACAGCAGCAACCGCAAUAUGUUUCUUCUAGUACCGAUAUAAUACACUGAGAGAAAUACUUUAUAUUGAUCCACCCUUAGCAAAUAGUAUAUGAAUUCUCCAAAUGUGAUGAUGUAUCUAGUUUGUAUGGUUUAUCGCAUAAUGUAAAAACUUACAUUUAUUUUUGGUUUGAAAUUGGUUUCCAAUUUUGGGCAAUUGAACAUGAUUGGUUAUUUUAUAUUAUCAGAGAUUAUAUAACUGUAGUGUUGCGUUAUUUAUUUGAGUUAAACAUCUUAUCUAUCGAAAGUAAAUUGGUAUAAAUGGCACCAUCAUAUUCGGUGGUUGAAUUCGAAAAUGAAAAACAAAAGGAAAGAUCUGCUUGGUGGAAUCUGAAUUGGAAGUCUUUGAAACAUUAACCAACCCCAGGAUAUUUUUGGUUGGUAAUAUAUAAUAUAUUUAUGCAAAAAGAUAUAUAUUUCAUUCAAAAAGGAUACUAAACUAAUCCUAACAUUAAUUGACUUUUAGUUGGGAUUGGUUGCAGAUAUCACGAAAAUUGAUAGAGCCUUAUGAGUUGCAGUUAUUGAGUCAGUAAGCUGUUUGAGUUAAAGUUAAAUGUUUUUGUUGAAAUUGUACAUUCGCAUAUAUUAAUUAAAAUACGUAUUUUAUUGAAAAA